AUGUCCUACAGAGUAUUGGGUGUCGUGACCACCUUGAUCGGUUGCCGGCGACGCCGUAAAAAGCGCCUUCUUCCUUGCGGAUGCGAUGCACACGCUUGUGGUCGUCCCACCAGGCGUCCCAGCGAAGCAUCACCAACACGGGCUCACAGCCAUAAUGGAUGCGCGCGUGAGUGCCCGAAAGCACAUGGUCAUUGGAAAAGCGGCUUGGGCGGGGGCGAGGCCGGACAGUCCGGAGGAGCGCUUGGGCUGGCGCCGAUACCGAUUGUGCUCAACGUCCCGCGGGAACCAGUCCAAAGCGCAUCAGCUGAGCGGGUGAGAUGGGCUGGGCUUAGCUUUUUGCCAAACUCGGCGGAAGGCGGCAUAGUCUUGCACAUAUUACCGAUCAAGUACUUUGCGGAUAUUCCCAUGGACAAGAAGGGCAAGGCAGCCAACCAAGCUCUCUUUGAGGAAGACUACGUGCUGCGGUCACUCGGGCGGAUUGGCUAUGACCCAGAUAUGGCGCUCACUGAGCUGGUGGCCAACACGUGGGAUGCAGGGGCUGCCAGGGUUGCCGUGAUCAUCCCGGAGGAAACAAGUGGCAUGCUGUCGGUCGAAGACGAUGGCCACGGGAUGACCGAGGACCAGUUUCGCAAGCGCUGGAUGACCUUGGGAUACAACAGGCAUCGAAGCCAAGGGGCGAACGUCCAGUUUCCUUCCGAACGCGACGAUUGGGUACGCAUGGCCUUCGGACGCAACGGUAUUGGUCGCCAUGGCUUGUUGUGCUUUUCUGAUCAUUACACGGUCGAAACUUGGACAAAUGGCGUUCUUUCUACCUUCGUGAUUGGGACCCGAAAUCAGCCGUCGCCGUUCUACAUCCAAAGCCAUGAGACAGCCACCCGUUCGGGCCAUGGCACCCGGUUGUUGGUGGAGGUUGAACGCCACCGCCCAGAUCCAGAUCGGAUCAGGACGGUCCUGUCAGGACGCUUCCUGCACGAUCCGCAGUUCGUCGUUUCGGUGAACGGCCAGUCCGUCCCGCUGUCUGAGCAUGAGGGCCUUCUGGAGGAACGCAAGAUUCAGGUCGAACCUGGCUUUGAUGUCACGGCGUAUGUGGUGGACACAACACGCACAGCGAAAUCCACCCGCUACCAAGGCGUAGCGUUUUGGGUGAGCAAUCGGUUGGUCGGGCUGCCGAGUUGGACCGUUGGGCCGAUGGUCGUUCUGGAUGGGCGGGUGCGCUUUGCCAAGCGCUAUGCCCUCGUGAUUGAGUGCGGAUCGGAGUGGCUUUCCGAAAUCGAACCAGACUGGUCGAAGUUCAAGACUACGGAGCGAACUGAUCACCUUUUCGAAGCGGCCAACGGGUAUGCCCAGGAAAUGGUCGAGAAGUUGUCGGCCCACCUGAUCGAGGAGAACUCAGAAGACGCGCUCUACAAGAAUCGAGAGGAUCUGCGGACGCUACCUAGGCGAUCCAUGCUUGAAGUAGCCCAGUUCACAAAGACCGUGGUGCAUGACCAGCCAGGGAUACCGCCGGAGACCCUCAACAAGGUCGUCAAAGCGGUUAUCAAGAUUCAGAAGGCACGAAGCGGUUCAAGUUUCCUUGACAAGCUGAUGCAGCUGGAUGAGCACGACAUCGACGGGCUGGAUCGAUUGCUAGGACAGUGGACUGUGGAGGAUGCGCUCACGGUUCUGGAUGAGAUCGACAGUCGUUUGUCCAUCAUUGCCGCCAUGGAGAAGCUCAGCGGCGACCCGGAAGCUGACGAGUUGCAUACCCUUCAUCCGCUCGUGACGCAGGCGCGUUGGCUAUUUGGGCCGGAGUUCGACAGUUCGGAGUAUGCAUCGAACAACACCCUGCGAACAGUCGCCACCAGUCUAUUCAAAGCGAGAAAGCAGAAUCAGACCUUUGCUAAUGCUGCGAAGCGCCCCGACAUCGUCGUCCUCUCCGAUGCCACUCUCUCAAUCGUCGGGACGGAAAGUUUUGAUACCGGCAAGGAUCAGCUCGUGAUGAUGCGCGAUGUCCUGCUCAUCGAGUUGAAAAAAGGGCGUUCUGAAAUCGGUCGCAAAGAAAUGAAUCAGGCGGCAGAGUAUGUCGAUGAACUUGUCUCCAGCGGAGGCAUACAGGGUGGGCCUUUCUUCCAUGCCUUCGUGGUCGGCCAUUCGGUCGCAUCCAAUAUCCCAACUGUCAAUAACCGGGAAUACAACGGAGCCCAGCGCGGACGGGUAACAGCGACCACUUACAACCAGCUCGCAUUGACAGCAAACCGGCGCCUCCAUGGGCUAAAGGCAAGAAUACCCUCACGGUACGAGGAGGUUUCUGGUUACGAGCUUGUCCAGAAAGUCAUGGGGACGCCAAGCCAAGCAUCGUUCGCUCCGCUGGCAGAAUGCCAGCGCGGGAACCGAUGCGCUGCUGGCCCGCCUGGCCCAGGAGCCGCCACCUGCCAAGUGGGCGGGACGCCGCGAGCUCCGCCGCGCUGUGACCUGUGCUGCGUUGUCUGCGGUGCUGACCUGUGGCGGGGUGGGCUCUGCAUUCCUCGUCACCNGCCUUUGGCGACCUUGGCCGGCGCGGUCAUCGGCGUGGUUUGCGCCCUGGGGAUCGGCUGGGGCUGGCACUACCUCAACCCUGGCCACAGCGACCUGCAUGAACGGCUGCACGCCGUGGUGCCCCUGGACAAUUCGGAGAAGGACAUCCUGCAGGCCAAAGAGCAGCUCUUUGCGACGCGCAGGGGCGAGAUCGAGGCGCGCUUGCGAAUCGCCAACCGUCAACUUGCCGAUGCCAUUGCGGCCGAUCCUCGCUGGAGUCCGCAGGUAGAGGCGGCAAGCAGGGAGGUCGAGCGUGCGGCGGGUGAUCUGCAGCGUAUCACGCUGGAGCACGUCUUCGAGAUGCGUGCAGGGCUGAAGCCCGAUCACCGCGCUGCCUACGACAAGGCGCUGCUGGACGCACUGCGCAACGAUUCCCCUUGA